AUGUCACCAACCUCACUGAAGGCGAAGGCCACGGCGGCGUGUGCAGCGCUCGGGGCCCUGCUGCCGGCCCAGGUGUAUUGGCCGAAUAGCGAUGAGUAUACCACCGCUUCCACAGAGAUCUGGUCCAAGACAUGCGUGCUGGCGCCCGAGUGCGUCUUCGAGCCGCUGACGGCGCGAGACCUGGGCGACGGCAUCAAGCUCAUCAGGGAGCACGGGAGCAAGUUCGCGGUGCGGAGCGGCGGCCACAUGCCUAACCCGGGGGCGCAGUCGGUCGGCGACGACGGCGUCAUGGUGUCCAUGUCCAGGUUCGACGGCCGGUCGCUCAGCGGGGACAAGUCGGUGCUGAGCAUCGGGCCGGGCCAGCGCUGGGGCGAGGUGUACGACUGGCUGGCGCCGCACGGCCUGGCGGUCAACGGCGGCCGCUACCCCAUGGUCGGGGUCGGCGGCGUGCUCGUCGGCGGCGGCAUCGGCUACUUUGCCGGCGAGCGCGGCUGGUCCGUCGACGACGUCGUGGCCUGGCAGGUCGUGCUGGCCGACGGCAGCAUGGUCGAGGUCACGACCGCCGAGGGCGACCCGUUCGAGGACCUGGCGUGGGCGCUCAGGGGCGGCCACAACUACUUUGGCAUCGUGACGCGCUUCGAUAUGCGCACCUUCGCCGUCGGCCCGGCCUACGGCGGCCUCACUGUGUACGGCUCCAUGGCCAAGACCACGUACUUUGACGCCGUCGACGCGUACAUGGCGCCGGGCGGUGGCGCCGAUGACCCCAGGUCGGCCAUCAACGCCAUCACGACGCUGCAGCGCGCCGACGGGACGGGGGAGUGGCAUUACGGGUACAUCAGCGCCCACAUGUACAACGGCGAUGACCCGAGCCCGCGCGCCCUCGAGAACUUCACCGCCAUCCCCGCCGAGCACGUCGUCAUGGACGGGUCGGGCCUGCACCGGGAGUGGACCGCGAUCCCGAACAUGAUGAACUGGAUCGAGUCGCGCGACUCCCGGCAGCUGUUCUGGGAGAUCACGUUCAGGGCCGACCGCCGCGCCGUCGACAUCGCGCACGAGGUCUUCCUCGAUAGCGCCCGCAACGAGCUCAGCGACGUCGAGGCGCUCACCAUGGUUGUCUCGCUGCAGCCGCUCACCCGCCCGUGGCUCCGGGCUUCCAAGGCCAAGGGGGGAAACCUCCUGGGGCUGGAUCCCGAUAAAGAUGCCGGAUCUUUCGCUACCAUGAUUAUUUCCACUUGGCAGAAUGCUCGGGACGACGAAGCCGUCCUGGCCUUUACGCAAAAGGCCUCCAAGAUCAUCGAGGAGAAGCUGAAGAAGCUGGACCUCUUCAACCCCUUUGUCUACCUGAACGACGCCGGCAGGGACCAGAAGCCUUUCGAGAGCUAUGCGGGUGGUGCCAACCUGCCGAGGCUCAGGGCCAUCCAGGCCAAGUAUGACAAGGAUGCCUUUCUCAAGGACUAUCUCCAGCACGGCGUCGAGCUGUCGUCGCAGGUCUCAGAACAUGAGGAGCUCUGA